AUGUCGCGCAAGCUGCUCCUAACAAUCCUCUUCGGGACGCUGCUGGUCUGCUCCACCCUCACGCGGGCAGAGGAGGAGGUGGAGGUGGACGAUGAUGACGACGAGGAGGAGGAGGACGAGGACCGGGCCACGCUGAUUGUGCGCCGCGUGGUGGCUGACGAGCGGCCGCUGGAGGGCAAGCAGACGACGGUCACCAUAUCCAUCUACAAUGCAGGCAAAGCCCCCGCCACCGGAGUCAAGCUCACCGAGGCCUCCUGGCCCCCCGAGGGCUUUGCGGUGGAGGGAGAGCUCACCGCCAGCUUUGACAGGAUCCCAGAGGGCGCGAGCGUGCAGCACACGUACAAGCUGACUGGAAAGGAGGCCUCCACUGUGCGCGUCCCAGGCACCGUUGUCACCUACACUCCCGCCGAGGACGAGCCUGCGCAGACCACCGUGGGCGCCCAGCUGACGUUCCACACCUACACAAUCCUGGAGAGCCUGACCGUCAAGGCGCUGGAGCUGGGAGCCACCGUGACCGGCGGCUCCUUCACCACGCCGCAGGACUGGCGGCGCGCCGCCUACGUGGCCGCCGCCCUCGGCGUGGGCCUCUUUGGCUACCGCAGCUACACCUCCAUGGCCGCUUCCAACGCCAGCCGCCGGCGUGCCAAGGCGCUGGCCGCCCUGGGCGAGCUCGAGAAGGACAAGUGA